AAGUGAGUGAGAGAGAGAGAGAGAGAGAGAAAUAGAGAGAGAGAGAGAGAGAGAGAGUGGACUCAGGCGAGUGACAAUGACCCGGUGCCGACUCGUUCGCCUUUUUAGGUCAAGUGGGGGAGGAGAGGAAGAGAGAAAACAAGUUUUAAAACAAGGGUUGGGAUUCUGAAGAAAAAAGAAAAAAACAAACAUAAAAACGGUGUUUGACUCUGCAAAGUGCGAAGCAGUGGAAGAGAAGGAGUGGAUCUGAAACCCCAAAACCGCGCAAACAAACACACAAUCCCCCCCCUUUCCUCUCUCAUCUUCCUCCUUCAACCCCCACCACCACCACCUCAACCUCCACCUGACCUACUCUCACAGACCCACAUACCCAUUUCUUCCCGUAAUUCAAUGUUUUUCCUCUGAUUAUUAUUAUUAUUUUUUUUUGGGGGGUUUUAAUUUUCGUUCGGUUUCGAGGGGGGAAAAAAAACAACCACCCAAAAAAAAAGAAAAAGAAGAAAAAAACCGAUAAAAGAAUGCCACGCCCUUAUUUUCACAAGCUGGUUCUCUCCUCCACCAUCCAAACGAAACAGCUGAGGAUCCCUGAAAGUUUUGUCAAGAAAUUCAGAGAUGAACUUUCUACUAUUGCUACUCUCAAUGUCCCUGAUGGUCAUGUUUGGCGUGUAGGGUUGAAAAGAGUUGACAACAAGUAUUGGUUUCAUGAUGGUUGGCAUGGAUUUGUUGAACGUUAUGCUAUCCGUGUUGGGUACUUCUUAGUAUUCCGAUAUGAAGGGAAUUCAACUUUCAGUGUUUUUAUAUAUAACUUAAACACUUCUGAGAUCAACUACCAAUCGAAUGCUCUUAGUAGUCCUGAAGCUGUUUAUCGCAACCGAUAUCAAGUAUUUGAAGAAAUGGAAGAUGAAGACAAUGUUGAAAUCUUGGGUUCCUAUGUGCCUUCUGGCUCUUUAAAACAUAAGCUUUUUGCAGACUGUUCAGAUCACCUGACACAGGGAAAAGGUUUCAAUCCUCCAUCACUGCAGAAUUUGUUUAAUGGAUCUAAACAAAAAAACUGCAUAAGCUGGGGCAAUGAAGGGAAUAUGCAUCCAGGUAAGGUUGCUGGCAGUUUACAGGCAGGAAAUCAAUCUACUCGAGAUAUAGGUGUUCAGUUUAACGUCAUGGAGCUCAAAAGGUCUGUGGAUGAAGUCAAAUUCCAUAAUUCAGAAGCAAAUAUACAGAAAAUUAAAAAAUCCAUACGGAAAAAGCGGAAAAUGGAUGCUGAUGAUGAGGAGUCUUCCGUUCCACAUGAAGAAGAUGUAGAAAUGCGAUUUAGAUUUUAUGAAAGUGCUUCUGCUCGUAAGAGAACUGUGACGGCUGAAGAAAGAGAAAGGGCUAUUAAUGCAGCCAAAGCAUUUGAGCCAGCUAACCCUUUCUGCAGGGUUGUCCUGCGACCAUCCUAUCUAUACAGGGGGUGUAUAAUGUAUUUGCCAUCCUGCUUUGCUGAGAAGAACUUGAAUGGGGUUUCAGGAUUUAUCAAACUCCAGACUUCCGAUGGGAGACAGUGGUCUGUCCGAUGCCUUUAUAGAGGUGGUAGAGCUAAACUGAGCCAGGGUUGGUAUGAAUUUUCACUGGAGAAUCAUUUAGGGGAAGGAGAUGUUUGUGUCUUCGAGUUGCUCAAGAUGAGGGAUAUUGUGCUUAAGGUUACAGUAUUUCGUGUUGCUGAAGAAGCCGGAUAUAUGAACCAGCACCAGCACCAGCACCAGCACCAUCACCAUCACCAUCACCAGCAUCAUCACCAUCACCCACACACACACCCACACCAACAGCAUACUGUCAGCCACAUUAAACUGAUUAGAAACUAAAUGGUUAUCAAAUUUCAGAUGUCUAAAACUGUAUGAAUUUCCUUUUCAGGUAGUGAUCUGAUUGGUUAUGUGGAAUCUAGAGGUUGUUUAGUCUUUCAUAAAAUUGUCAGGAUGACUUAGCAGAACUCUAUUUUUUUUUUUUUUUUCUCUCCCUCUAUUUCUUGUUUAGGGGUUUUCGAUACAAAUUUUUUCUUUUUUGCGUCUUGGAUAGGGUUGUAAAUAUAUUGUGCAUUAGUUGAUAUGGAAAUUGGACUGAUCGAUUUGAUCCUAAUAGCACAUAUUUUUGGGUGGGUAAUCUGGGGUCUUCUUAUAUAUAUUUAUUCUCUAUAUUGCUUGAUUGUUUCUCGAAAGUACUUUCUCAGGUUGUUUUUUUUUUUAUUAUUAUUUUUUUAGCAUCAGUAUAUUUUAACUUGUUUUUAACUUGGUCUAGUCAGUCAUAAUUCUAUAGAAUUUUUCAUGUUGUAGACGAAUAUAUAUGUAUGUAUAUAUAUAUAUAUAUAUUUAUAUAUUUGAUGAUUUAUAGCUGCUCUUUCUAUUCAAAUUUUGAAGUCAUAGCCUUUUUUUAGAAGUUUCCCAGUUAUUUGAAUUUGAAUUCAUAAGUUAAAAAAGAAGAAAAAAAAAAAUAUAGAACUCAGCCAUACAAAAUUAUGAAAUGAUUUACAUUUGCGCCUUCACUGUGAGUAUGAUGCGGUAAUACUAUAAUCGCAGCCGUUUGAGUGUUUUUUCAUUUGAAGUCGCGUAAAAAUAACACGCCGUUGCCGGGGAUCGAACCCGGGUCGCCCGCGUGACAGGCGGGAAUACUCACCACUAUACUACAACGACUUGCUGGUCUUGUGGAAUUCUCAUUUUUUAUUGAACUUUAUGUCUCAUUUUAUAUUGUUUUGACAUGAAAUACAGAUUUUAAUUGUUUCGUAAUAUUGCUUCUAACUUUUAAAAAGAGUAAUAUUACAAACACUUUACCAAAUUAUGCACUAUUAUAUAUUUUAAGAAAAAAAAAAUGGUUGUCAUAUGCAUUAUACUAUUUUUUAUUUUUUAUUGUUUUUGUUGAAAUAUGCAUUAUCCUAUUAUAUAUGCAAAUAAUAGUAUAUAUAUUUUCGCCUGAAAUAUGAAAAAACAACAAAUUUGAAAAUAGAAGAGAAGAAUGAACAUAAUAACAAAAUUUGGCAUCCUAUUCUUUUUAUUGAAAUCAAUACAGGAUGGUGGGGGUAAACAGCGAUUGGACCAGGACCCACUAAUAUUAUUCUGCCUCUAAUCUCACUGAUUAUGCAACAUCAAACACAUCUUAAUGCAUUCCUCAAAAAAUAAACAUCCACAGACAAUAGUCACGUUUAAAAGUUAAUAUUAGAUUAACCAAAGAGUGGCUUAAAGCAAGUGGUCAAGCUCUGUUGGCAUCCUUUAGAGUCUUAUUUUUCCGUGGCCAUCAUUAAAAGUUGCACCAUAUUCCUCAUACCCAAAAAAAAAAAAAAAAAAAAAAACCCUCAUGUAAUCUGCUUCUGAACCAACCAUUCCCUUCUCACCUUAUCCAUUUCUUUCCAUCCCUCCCCAUACAAAGUUCCAUGUUUGCUUACUACCUAUCAUCUUUGUAUUUCCAUAAAUAAUAAUAAGGAAAAAAAAAAAAAAAAGCCUCAGGAAGAUUAUAAUUCAAACACUCCACAAAACCAAAACAAG